GCUCGUUUCAAAUUAAAUUAUUGGAAACCGAAAGAAAUUUAGUGGAUAUAUAUAGUCGUUUAAAAUGUCAUUUCGACUGUUCUUCUUAUUUGUUUUAUGUAUCAUAUAUGUUGUUGUCGCCGAGGACCUUUAUGGUAUACUUGGAGUUGCUAAAAGUGCUUCACCUAGGCAAAUAAAGAAUGCAUACAAAAAACUUGCAAGGCAGUGGCACCCUGAUAAAAACAAGGAUGACAGAGAAGCCACUGAAAAAUUCAUGAAGAUAAAUGAGGCUUAUGAGACUUUAUCAGACCCAGAGAAGCGGUCAGACUAUGAUAACUUUGGCACAACAAGUGCAAGAGAGGAGAAUCACAUGCGGAGAGAGCAUGAUCCUUUUGCUCAUUUCUUUGGAGGCGGAGGCGGGUUUGGGAGAGGAAGAGAAUCAUCAUUUGGAAAGCAUAGGAUGACGUUCAUGCACUUCCAAAAUAAAGUUUUAGCAGAAAGUCAUUAUAGACCAUUUGUUGUGUAUGCCUAUACAGAUUUCUGCUUUGGAUGUAUGCAGACUGAGCACAUAUGGGAGAAAAUUACACAGGACCUUCAUGUUAUGGGCCUUGGGUAUGGUUCAGUGCAUGCUAACAUGGAUGGUCGUCUAGUGUCUAAGCUCCACAUAUCUCAGGUGCCACAAAUUGUAGCAGUGGUUAAUGGCAGAAUUCAACACUUCAGUCAGCGGAUUGGUGUACAGGAGUUGCGCUCUUUCAUCAGAAGUCUGUUUCCAAGUGACAUCAUUACAAAGCUUGAUGAUUCAAAUUAUGUUGACUACAUAAAUGGUUGGCAUGACAACAGGGUCCGUGCAGUUUUGUUUGAUGACAGAAGAGAGCCACCUUUACGAUUCCUGGCAGCAGCAUAUGCAUUUAGAGAUCGUAUAUCAUGUGCCUUUGCAUCGUUCAAAUAUGCGGAUAUUCGUGAAUUUAGCAGUAAAUAUAGAGCAAGUAAAGGUAUGGAGACACUCAUGAUAUUCAAUGAUGAUCCAGUUCGACCAGCAGCUACUCUCUCUACCAGAACAUUAGCAAGAAGUAGCAUAGAUGAACUGUUGGAUGCACAUAAAUACCUUAUACUUCCAAGAUUAUCUUCCCAGCCAAUAUUUGAUGACAUAUGCCCAGUUGGACGAUCCAAGUCAACUCGAGUACUGUGCGUUGUUUUAUUAACGAUGAAGAGUCAACUGGAAAACCAAAUCAAACACUUGAUAUCAUUCCGCAAGUAUUCACAAUCCUAUGAGAACCACCAGCAAUUGAGAUUUGCAUACAUGCAUGCUGACAGUCAGCAACCAUUCAUACAGGCUUUAUCUGUAGCUGAACCUGAGAACUAUGGAGAGGCAUUAAAGGUGGCCAUUCUCUGGAGGAAGGAAUCUAAAAAAGUAACCUUCAAACUGUUAACUGAUGGAUGGAGCUUGAAGGAGGGAAAACAAAAUGAGAGCAUGAAGGCCCUUGAUGACGUACUUGCAACAUUGCUGUCCAAUAAGGGCAAUUUGCCAUACACUGUUACAUUCCCCCAACUCAUUAAUGAACAUGCAGCAAGCCUGUGGACAAGAAUCUUGAAUCGGCUUCUAGAUUGGUAUGAUAGUUGGUGUGAAUAUCUUUCGAUGCAUGAUUCAAUGAUGGUAGUCACUGUGUUGAUAGCCAUUACAAUGGUAGUGUGUGUUGGGUUCUUCAUGCAUAGUCUGAUGGGAGAAGGAGAAAACCCUAGUUGGACACAGUCAGAGCAAUACAUGGAGGCAAGGGCCAGACACCGUGCUCAGAGAGCAAGGGAGGAAAUGAAUACACGUAGUGGUGGAAAUAGUUCUGAGCCAAACGUUCCAGUGAAUGAGCUUCGACCAGAGACGUUUCAACUAUUAAUAAACAAGCUUGAGCCAGGCCAGCGUACAGUUCUCUUAUUGGUAGAUCAGGAAUCUCGACACCUGCUCCUCUCUCAGUUUGUGCAGGUCAUAUUUCCAUACUCAAGGGGUGAUGCCUUUAAGUUUGCUUUUAUGCACAUAGACAAUUAUUUAUCGUGGUAUAAACACCUACUUGAGGAGACUUUAGAUUUUUCUAGGAGUCUAGAUGGCAUUAAUCCUAAAAACUGUAUUGGAACAGUUUUAGCAAUAAAUGGUCAUAGGAAGAAUUAUUGUAUUUAUCACGGGGCUUUGGCAGCUGAAGAGAGACGAAAUAAGUUUGGUGAUUUUAUUGGAUUUAACGAUGAUAGUGACAGUGAUGAUGAGGACUUUGUAGCCGAGCAGCACCUUCUCGAUGGACUUAUUAUGUGGAUGGAGCGACUUUGUGAAGGCUCAUUGAAACGAUUUAGGGUCGAUUACUGGCCUGAGAUGGAUGAAUAACAUAUGUUUCAUACAUAUAUAUACGAAGCAGCUCAUAGUACCGUGCAAUACUGAUUUUGUGACUCGAACUUCAAUGGUAAAGUGGUUGCUUUUUAUACCUCGCAUUAUUUUGGUCACAGGUAGUCAACCAUCCACACUGGAGUCCCACACUACUCAUGGUAUGGACACGUCUGGUGACUGAAAUUAAGAGUAUGAGAUUGAGAUAAAGAGAUAAAGACUGGAUGCAAGACUAUAUAUUAUGUAACCAAAUUGAGAUUAGUCUCGCAUUAAUCAUUAUACACCCCCUCCAUAAGUAUGGCAAAUGGAAGUCAACAUUGGAUAGUGUGUAAAAGUCUUGGCUUUAUCUAAUUUUGUUCUUGGUCAGAUAUUAGAGAGAUUUCGCAACUCA